AUGAGCGGUAGAGGCAAAACCGGUGGUAAGACCAGAGCAAAGGCUAAGACUCGUUCAUCCAGAGCCGGGCUUCAGUUUCCCGUCGGCCGUGUUCACAGACUUCUUCGCAAGGGUAACUAUGCACAACGCGUCGGUGCUGGAGCUCCAGUUUAUCUCGCCGCUGUGCUCGAGUAUCUUACUGCUGAGAUCCUGGAGUUGGCUGGAAACGCCGCUCGUGACAACAAGAAGACUCGCAUCAUUCCCCGCCAUUUACAGCUGGCAGUGCGUAACGACGAGGAGCUGAACAAACUCUUGGGUCGCGUGACCAUCGCUCAGGGCGGUGUGUUGCCCAACAUUCAGGCUGUGUUGCUGCCAAAAAAGACCGAGAAGCCCGGUAAAGCAAAGUAAA